AUGGGAACGAAGAAGGGGAGGAACGGUCAAUUCUAUGCAUUCAUAAGGUUCCAAAGAGUGAAUGACAUCGCAAAUAUGGAAAAAAAAUUGAAUGGAGUCAGACUAAAUGGAAGGGCGUUGGCAGUCAAUUUGGCAAAGUAUGAAAGGAAGGAAGGACGAAAAGUGGUGAAAACCUAUUGGAGCAGAAUGCAGACUCAACAAACCACAAUGAAAGGUAACCUUCGUGACCACAGCUCCUUCGUUGAGGUGACAAAUCCUGCUGAUGCCAAGAAAUUGAUGGAGAAUGAAGAAAGAUGGAAGGAAAGCCUGAAAUGGAUUAAGUGGAGGGAUCAGGUUGAUCUAAGCUUUGAGAGGGUGUCAUGGUUAAGAAUUAUGGGGUUACCGCUGAAACUUUGGAGUACCUGUAACUUCUCUAUUAUAGCGGAGAAGUUUGGUAAAAUCAUAGACCCAUUUGAUGAUUUUCAUCAUAGAAUUGACCUCUCUUGUGUAAAGAUCGGAAUACGCACUGAUAGGUGUGAUCGUAUCAAUGAAGUGAUUGUGCCUGCUGAUGGAAGAAAUUUGAUAAAAGUGGGUCUCAUAGAGUUCGAUGAGGACUGGUUUCCGUUUCGCUUUGACUCAUCGGAGGAUUAUUAUGAAAGUAAUGACGUCAGUGAGGACAAGUUGAAUGGAGAUGAAGAGGACGAUGAAGGAAUUUCGGACACUUGGAUGGCAAAUGAAGAACCAGAGAUCGAGGAUGGGGAAAUAGUGAUAGAAACGAAUACUACGGAUGAUGGGUAUGUUGGUAGUGUUCCAAAGAACAGCAAUGGUCGGGCAGGCUCGCCGUCGGGAUUUGUGGAUGGUAUAAUGACGGCGGGAGUCGAUCCGGCACCGGUGGGCGGGGUGGAUGAAGGAGAUCUCAGAGGUCAGGGAGAAGUGGAAGAGUCGGAGACAGUCAAGCCAAUGGAAGAUGAACCGGUGCAUGGGGAGUUGGGAACGCUGAAGGUCAAUGAUAAUCCUUUGACUGAUCAUCAUAAUGGCGGUGGUAAUAUUGUGCCAUCGGAUACAUGUAGCGGGCCACAUAGCAGCGUGAGAAUUGGGCUCCAGGAUAAUUCCACUCCUGUUAGGUAUUUUGGCCCUUUUCGCUCAUGUAUUCACGUUAACUCCUACAAUAUCGUUGACCAAUUUUCUGGUCAUAGUGGUUCUGCUAAAAAAUGUAAGAGAUACGCUCAGGAGCAUAUGUUGGGUGGAGCUGAUCUGACUAAUCCGACUAUUCCCUUAAGCCUCAGUACUGCAGAGUUUAACCUAGCCCCCCAUCGACCUCGGAUGUGUUCCUCGACCACAUCAAUUGACCUCAACAGAUGUGCUUCCAAAGAUAAUCAAAGGUCUGAAGUAAGUGAUAGCAGCUCCUCCUCUCAUGAGUUGACCAAGACAGUCGAAGUUGGUAAUGAGGUGGGGUUCGCAAUUAACGAUGAGGACCCUAUUCUCAAGGAAGUUAUGGAAGAAGCGGGGGAAAAAAUUGUUGCCCAAUGA